AUGUCAACGCUGCGAUUGCUAGGCCUAACGUACAAUAAGCUGUCUGGAAGGCUUCCAUCAUCCAUGGGUUAUGGAUUAAUCAAACUCGAAGAGCUUUCUCUCUAUGGGAAUGAGUUUGAUGGGGUAAUUCCAGCGUCAAUCUCAAAUGCAUCUAAGCUAACUACUUCAGAAUUAGGUGAGAAUAGAUUUAGCGGUCCAAUUCCAAGCUCUCUUGGAAACCUUAGACUCCUAGCAUGGCUGGUCCUCUCUGCAAAUUAUUUCACAGCCGACCCUUCAGCAAGAGAAUUGAGUUUCAUAAGUUACUUGGCAAAUUGUAAGCAUCUAAAAUUAUUGGGCUUUAAUGACAAUCCGCUGCACAUUUUCCUUCCAAUAUCAGUCGGGAAUCUUUCAACUUCCAUGGAGAAAUUCUAUGCGUAUGAAUGGGGAAUUAAGGGAACCAUUCCUAAUGCAAUUGGGAAUUUGAGCAAUCUAUUAAGUUUGGGUCUAGGUGGAAAUAAACUAACUGGAACUAUUCCUGUCGGAUUGAAAUACUUGCAAAAACUUCAAGCUUUUGAUUUCUCUGGUAACCAAUUAAGUGGUCCGAUUCCGGGUUGUCUUUGCAAGUUAAACAGAUUGUACGAAGUACAUCUGGAACAAAAUCGGUUUCAUGGCUCAAUACCAUCAUGCUUGAGCAAUGUUAGUUCGCUGAGAGGAAUUUUCUUUGAUGGGAACUUGUUAAACUCAAGCAUACCUGCUAGCUUUUGGAACCUCACUGAUCUCUUGAAGUUAUUCUUAUUCCAAUUUCCAAGUCCCAUUGGAGGUUUGCAAAGUUUAGAGACCCUUUCUUUAGCACAAAAUAAGUUUGAGGGACCUAUUCCAGAAUCACUCGGUCAUCUUUCAAGCUUGGAGGUGUUGGACCUAUCCAAAAAUAAUCUAUCAGGCCUGAUCCCAAAGUCCUUGGAGGCACUUUCAUAUCUGUAUCACAUUAAUCUUUCUUUCAACCACUUAAGAGGAGAAAUUCCCUCUAGUGGUCCUUUCAAGAACUUCACAUAUGAAUCAUUCAUAUUCAAUGAUGACUUGUGUGGUGCUCAAAGAUUUCACGUUCAUCCGUUUAGUUCUCCUUGGAUUCACAAAUCGAGUCAAAAGAAAGUAUUUCACAUGUUAGGCAUUCUAUCAGGUAUUGCAGCAUCGGUAAUUGCUGUUACAACUGUUGCAAUUUUACUCUUAAGAUGCCGAAGGAAGGAUGAGGUUUCAACAAAUACCAACUUACUAUCCAUGGGAUUGCCAAAAAGGAUUUCAUAUUAUGAACUUGUGCAAGCGACCAAUGGCUAUCAUGAAAGCAAUUUACUUGGCAAAGGGAGUUUUGGAACUGUAUAUAAAGGUAUUCUGACAGAUGGGACAGUUGUAGCAGUGAAAGUUUUCGCUUGCCUAGCAGAAGUCACUUCCAGGAGUUUUGAUAUGGAACCGGAAUGUGAAGUCCUACGCAACCUUUGCCAUAGAAACCUUAUCAAAGAAUUGGAUGUGAUUUCUUCCAAUUCUCUAUCCUUCAAAACAAGAAGUUGGUGUGUUAGGAGUAAUUUAAGAGCGUACAUAGUACUAGAAACAGUAGCAGAGAAAAUUAUUCUGGAGAUUGUGAGUUUGGUUUGCAUCUCUGUUGAUGCAAGAAUUACUCAAUGGCCUGUGUAUUGUUAA